CUGACUGUACGCGCCUGAAAGAAAAUCAUUACACCGACGCUGGAACAGUUCCUUUUUGCUGUGGUGAUGUUUGUAUUGACCCGGAAAGGUGUGAUACACAAAGGGGCUGCUUUGAAAUCAGUAAAUCACGGUGAAAAAUGAGGCUUCCAGAGCAAUUAGUUUUUUUUGGCAAAGCAACGGGGAAGUAGAGGCUGAUCAAGUCUUUUCCUUGAAAGACUGAACGAGCUCGCAGUUCACUUCUGUAAGACCGGCGAGUCCAGAACAUAGAUGGACCCCACUGGCCUCAAAACUAAGGAUUAUGGAAAAUUCCAUCAAAUUGCUGGGAAAGUGAAAACUGUUUGUGCGAUAAACCAGGCAUUGAAAAGGGACUGUGGAGCUGGCAGUGUGCAGCAGUGGGCUGAAACGCAGCUGAUGAUGAGAGUGGACCCGGAGAGAGAGCUCCUGUUCAACAUCGCAGAUUUCACCAGAAAGAGCCCUGGGAAACACAGAGACCCUUUAGACAACCUGCUCUCCAUCUUCCCUUCACAAAGACAGCCUCACGAUGUGCAAGAGAUAAAAGCUCUUCUGUGCAAAAUCAAAGCAUUUGAAAGAUUUCCAGACUGUGUCCAGCAUGAUAUUUGCAAAGCUGCCAUAUACCAACAAUACGAAGCAAACAGGACUGUGUUCAAACAAGGCCAGCGCCCACAGGCCUUCUACUUUGUGCUUUCCGGCAGCCUGCAGGAGAGAGUCUGUCAGGUCUCAAGUCGGGGAAUCUCCUCCUUUCAGACAGUGAGGGAAUUCAGAGAAGGAGACGUGUUUGGGGACUUGAGCAACGUUUUCAGAAAUUUCCUUCAGGUUCGCUAUGAUACCAUUUUGGAAGAACUGAGCUGCACCCUCGCAGCUGCCUCCCUGCCUCAUUCCUCGUGA